AUGAUCCAUUCUCUUUCUUCUCCGUGUUUUUCCACCACUUAUCCUUUGCCAGUACAAACAUUGAUCGAAUCUAUCCCGACCCACUCCUCGAUUCCCAUGCAACUGUCAUCGGCCUAUUAUACACAUUCAAUUUCUUCACCACAUGACAUGAGAGUGGGGUCCUCAAGGGAAAGCGAACUUUUUUUUGCGAAAACGGCCCAACCUCACAGACGGACGAAAACACAGUCCACAUCUACAAGACCAUCCUCCGAGUAUUUACGCUCAUUAAAAUCCCACGGCGGAGUCUCUCGACCCCCACCCUCAGAACUAUCCACACCAUCUCCCGUCCGAACGCUCUUACGACGAGACGAUAUCAUUUCCAAAACAUUAGGACGAGAUAACAUCACUUCCAACGACGACAUUACCUUCGAGCCUCCCUCCGAUCCCAUGACCAAGGGAAAACGGCAAUACAUCCCCCCGCCACUCAACCUCGUCGCACCCCCGCCAAAGAGCACGCGCCGCCCAAGGUCAUCAUCUCUCAACAUCCCUCCACCCCUCCUCGACAAGCCUAGCAUACCUCUAACACCCAUCUCCCCUAUAACGGGAUACCGCGCGAUGCCCUCUGAGAAAGAACAGCGGCGGAGACGCAUGGUUAAGCUCGCCAGAACCCUAGGUCAUGAAGUUUACUCGGAAAUAGCGAACCUCCCCAUCACAACCAACCAUAGAAACAGCAAUAUCAAUGAAGACUGGGUAGUCCUCUCGGAACAGUCUUCCAUCGACACCUCCACCGAACCGCCCCCUUGCCCCUGGUACCAGGCUCGCACUAAAAAGCCGAGCUUACGGUUUUCAAAACCGGGCAUUUACAUGAAGGGACAGUCUCACCCUCAGAAUAAAUCGGAGGACUACGGCGUUUCACAUCGCCCGGGUCAGCUAACUUCCAGUGAAUCGCUGCCGGAUUUGAGGAAGGAGGUUCGGAGGGAGGUCAAGUGGCUCCAUGCGAAGAAGGCGAAGGCGAUGGAGCGCAAGGCCACGGAAUCUCAGCGCGAGACGAAGGAUACGCGGCCGAAGUUACUUCAGAGGAAGAACAGCUCGGCGCAGAGAAAAUCGGUUGGUAUUGACGACGACACCAUCCAAUCUCCCAUCAUCUUUUGCUUGCCCCCUUCGCCAGUUUGCGAUUACCCUUCUUUCCCAUCACAUCCAUUCCGCCUUGUGGUUGAAGAGGACGAGGACGAGGACGAGAAGGAGGGAGAAGAGGAAGAGGAAGAUGACGAGAGCGAGUCGUCUUCUUGUUACUCUCCUUCGGAAGGCGAGGGGGUGAAAUUGGGAGAAAUGGUAGACGAUCUGGAUUGUGAAAGGAAAGAGCUAGAAUGGAAGAGAGGCAAGUUGUUGGAAUGGAAGAGGGGCGAAUUGGUCACUGUUGACCCGACCCACUUGGCUCCUCCUGAAAUUAAUGGAGGUGUGAUUCGGAAGGAGCGGAGACAAGGCUGGAGUGGAGAGUGGAACCAGCCGCAUAUUCAAGACGUGAUUGAGAAAUUGCGCGCUUUGAAGUGA